AUGACAUCGAUCUCACCAUUACAUACUCAUCAUCCACUAGGAUCAAGUGAUGACUUUAAUCAUACCAAUAACAACAACAAUAAUCAUAAUAAUAUCAUAAAUGGUGUUAAUAAUAGUAAUAGUAAUACCAACAUUAAUCCAUUAGGAACAAACAAUACAUUCCAUAACAACAGUAGUGAAUCUUUGCAAGAUUUACAAAAACAACAACAAAUUCAAGAUCAACAAGAUAGCGGUGAUAAUAUUCCAUUGAAUUUACCAGUGAAUAAUCAAAAUCAACAGCAACAACAACAACAGAUAUUAGAUAUGAAUGCAACUACUACAUCACUUAGUUACUUCUUGCACAAUCAUGAUAGUCAUCAAGGACAGUAUCAUCAGUUCAAGACGUACUGCAAGCAGUUGGGUGAUAUCAUUGGUUAUGAAUCUGGUUUAUUCGCUUCACUCAAAACAUCUGGAAAUAAUACUGUACAAAAUAAUAAUAAUAAUAAUAUCGAACAAAAUAAUAAUAAUCAAAAUAAUAGUGAUAACACUAUCAAUUCAUCUGAUAAUACUAGUAGUAAUAAUAAUAGUAGUACAAACAAUCUACCUAGUUUAUUUAGUAGUACCAAUAGUAAUAACGGAGGUACUGAACCAGUUGACUUUAACUCUAGAAUGACAGUUGACUUGUUUGAUAAAGUAGAAGAUUACAUACUUGCCAAACUUGAAUCAGAGUUUGCUAAAUUUAAACAACAACAGCUACAACAACAGUUACAACAGAUUCAACAACAACAACAGCAACAACAACAAUUACAAUUACAAUUACAACAACAACAACAGAAUAUAGAUCCAUUAUCACCUUUAAAAGAUUUAGAUAUAAAUAAUAAUAAUAAUAAUCAUAGUAAUAAUAAUAAUAAUAAUAAUAAUAAUGUUAUAAAAUCAAAUGUAAAAAAAGUUGAUUUAAUGAUAUUACCAGGUGAAGCUUUAGAUAAAGAAUCUUAUCCAGUUUAUUAUACAGAUAAUCUUUCGAAUGAAACUAUUCCAUCGAUACUUUUCACUUCGAAUUUCAGAAUUAUUUUCGUUUCAAAGUUGACAAUGACCGAGUCGUUCUCGGUACCUCUCACUACCAUCUAUCGUAUCGAUCGUCUCAACAGUUUUAAAGUGGAUCAAUUGAUUGGUAUCUGGUGUAAAGACUUUAGAAAGGUGGAGUUCUUCAUUAUUCCACGUGAGGUCUAUCCAUUCUCUGAGCCAGCACCACAACAUGACCACACCGCUCCACUUAUUGGCCGUCUCCGCCACAUUGCAUUCCCAACCGAUCCACUCUCGGUGUUUGCAUUCAAAUUCAGUCCACCACCUCUCGCUGACCCAAUCAACGACGACGGUUGGCGUACCUACGACCUCUUCUCAGAGUUCAUUCGACAGGAGCUCAAUUUCAAGCUGUGGCGUACCUCCGAGGUCAACUGCGAGUAUGCCAGUCCGACUUAUCCUGCACGUCUAGUCGUCCCCGACAGCAUCACAGACGACGAACUGCGCAUUGCCUCUGGAUUCCGUUCGAAGGGACGUCUUCCAACUGUUUGCUGGGUGAGUCGCUCCGGUGUUCCACUGGCACGUAGCUCUCAACCAAUGGUUGGAAUCACUCGUGCCAGAUGUGCCGAGGACGAAAAGCUUGUAGAACUCAUUAGAAAGUCAUGUCCAAGUAAUUUGCCACUACACUUGCUCGACGCUCGUCCCAAAGCCAACGCCAUCGGUAACUUUGCAAAGGGUAUGGGCUAUGAAAUGUCAUACAACUGCAACAUUGAGUUCCUUGGCAUCGGAAAUAUUCAUGCGAUGCGUGAUUCCAUCAAUCGUUUGGAGUUGCUGGUCCAUGGAACCUCGACACCAUCGGUCGACGACGGCUGGCUCUCCCAACUGGAAGCCACCAAGUGGUUGGACCAUAUUCGUGCAGUCCUACUCGGAGCUACACGUGCAGUCGAACUCAUCCAGUCGGGACACCCUGUAUUGCUCCACUGCUCCGACGGAUGGGAUAGAACCAGCCAACUUUCCUCGCUCUCGCUCCUACUGCUCGACCCAUACUACCGCACCAUUCGCGGAUUCCAAGUGCUCAUCGAGAAGGAAUGGCUGUCGUUUGGACACAUGUUUGGAAACAGAGUGCGUCACGGUGACAGAAACUUCUAUGCCGACUCCCAGCGUUCGCCUGUCUUCCAGCAAUUCAUGGAUUGUGUUCACCAGAUGCAGGUUUACUAUCACGAUAUGUUUGAGUUUAACGAGCAGUAUUUGAUUGCUAUUUUGGAUGCUUUGUACAGCUGUCAGUAUGGAACUUUCCUCUGUAACACAGAGCGUGAGCGUUCACAACUGAAGAACAAGACCGUCUCUCUCUGGACACACCUCAACACCAUUAAAGAUCAAUUUUUGAAUCCAUUCUACAACGCCGAGAAGACAGCAGUGCCAUCGCCACUUCCAGUCUGGCGUGGUGAAUAUGUACAGCUUUGGCGUAACUACUACUACAGAUACAGCAGACAGCCAUCGAAAGAACCAUUAACCUUUGAAAAGAUUGCAACCUCACUUAAAACCGAAAACAACGAUCUAAGGUCAAGAUUACUACAACUAAAACAACAAGUUGAAAUGUUACAACAACAACAAAAAUCUGCAGCAUCAUCAUCAUCAAACGAUUCUACAACAACAACAACAACAAAUGAUGAACAACCACCAUCCGAAAGAUGA